AAACGAGUCACAUGCACAAAAAAAAGGCAGCUGACACCGUGUGAAAUAUUUUUUUUUUCGUGCAAAAGUUGAACAAUACAACAGCAGCAAAUGUGGCAUUAAAAAGUGACACAACCAGAGGAUUCCGGUGGGUGAAAAGCUGCAGGAUGGAUCCACUCCGCGUCUUGUUGCCCGCUGAGCUGCAGCUUUCCGCGGAUAAACAGCAGCUGUGCGCCGGAGCAGAGAAAAAGGAAACCAAGGGCGAACCCGACUUCCACUGGAUCCUCAACACGGAGACAAUCCUGCAAUCUGAGCAUCCAGGAUCCCACCGGGAGGGGAAGAGGAGUCCUACCCCGGCACCAGGAGCUCCACAGCCCCCGGGGGGAAGCAGCAGCACCACCACCCGGCCCUGGUUGGUCCUCAGAGCCCGGAUCCGAGCUGCUGCACCUCGGCCUCCAUUUUGAGCUUCUCUACCCUGCUCGCCGCCUCACGUGUCCUGGACUGUCUUCCUCACAUGACCCGUGUGUUUGUCCCCGUGAUCAGAGCCUUCCAUCUGCGGGAAUCCGUGUGGCUGAAGCCCGGUGCCUCCUCCUCCUCCACCCUCCCAUCACCCACCACCCACCACCAGCUCCAUGGAGAUGCUGGAGCAGAGUCUGGACAGCUCGGCGAGUCACGACAAACAGGAAUCGGAGGACGUGGAGCAGUUACAGGAAGGCGACGUGGUGGGCACGGAGGAGCACACCUCUGUGACCAUCACCGGGGUCCCGCAGGGCGCCUUCGGAGACCACAACGUGCAGUACCAGUUCCGCACAGAGAGCAGCGGCGGACAGGUGACCUAUCGGGUGGUCCAGGUGACAGAUGAUCAGUUGGAAGCCGCCGCUGACGGGUCCGGAGCCGUGAGCGUCGUCUCCGCCGCCGCGUUCGCCGGCGCCCCACAGGCUGUGGCUCAGGCUGUGAUCCAGAACCCGUUCAGUAACGGGGGCAGCCCCGGGGGGGAGACGGUCGGGGGGGAGACGCGCUUCGCUUACUUCCCGGCCGCCACCGUCAGCGAUGGGACCGCCGUGUCGGUGCAGACCACCGCCGACCCCUCCAUCACUCAGGCAGGAGGUCAGUUUUAUGUGAUGAUGAGCCCCCCCGAGGUGCUGCAGACGGCCCCUCGCACCAUCGCACCGCGCUCACACACCUACACUGCAGACCUUGAUGACAGCGAGAUGUUGCAGCACGGCAGCUCCAACUGGAAGGUUGAUGGUCCACGGGCGCCCAGAGACGACCGGAGAAGAGCACAACACAAUGAAGUGGAGAGAAGAAGAAGAGACAAGAUUAACAACUGGAUUGUUACGCUGUCGAAAAUCAUCCCCGACUGCAGCGUGGACAGCAGGAGUGGAGCGGUGAGUGGAGCGAGCAAAGGAAGCAUCCUGUACAAAGCCUGCGACUACAUCCGGGAGCUGCGUCAGAGCAACCAGCAGCUGCAGGAGAGCUGCAAGGAGGUGGAGCGGGUGAAGAUGGACAACGAGCUACUUAGACAACAGAUCGAGGAGCUAAAGAACGACAACGCACUUCUCCGGGCUCAGCUGCAGCAGCACGGCAUCGAGAUGAACGGAGAUGCGACGCCGCAGUGAUCGUGGGGCGGACACUUUCUGUCCUCCUCUCCCCCCCCCCCCAGCCUGAACUAUUCCAGGAGAGGAGCCGACAUGAAAGAAAAAAAGAAGAGACGAUUUCCAUCAGACGUUGGAGCCGAUUUAAAAGCCGCUAACACAGGACGUGAGACGCCGUCUGAAGGACUGAAACAGGACACGCCUCUUCCACCUGCUCUGACGUCUGUCGACUGUGCAGCUCCAACCGAACCUUUGGUCCUCCUCUGCACAGCACCACCACCUCCAUCACCUCCACCACACAUGCACCAAACUGUCUUUUUACUUUAAAUUAUAUUUAAUUAUAAAAACUGCCACAGAAAAUUUUACUUUAGCUGAUUUUCACCCUUUUAUUUUUUUAUUAAUCGUACCACAAACUCCUUUUUGUGUUUCCUGUUUUAGUUGUUUUUGCUUCUAAAUGUGAAAUAUCUCCCGGUUACUUUUAAUUUAUCGCUCUGUAAGGAAAAUGUACAGAGAAAGGAAAAAAGUGUUCUGCAUUUACCAUUUCCCCAAUAAUGAACCUGCAAAUCAGAUGUUUAUCGUGUUCAUCACCAUCACUGAGGAUAUUUUUACGGUCACUGGAACGUGUGUGUGUGUGUGUAUAUAUCUGAUCUGUGUGCAGUUCCCUGCCUCUGGACAGCAGCAGGCAGAGCUCACACACUUCAUAAACGUAGCCCGAUGUCGGUAAAUUCAAAAACUAUAAGUCUCUCCUGACAGGGAAGUGUCAGGAGAACCCGAACCCGGCUGGUUUCUAUUCCCUCUCCAACGCCUUGAUAGGAGCCUGUUGGAGGAUCUAGGUGUUAACAUAGCUCAGGUAAUUGGGAUCGUGCUCUGGCAAGUGGUUCCCAGACUCAAUGAAGUCUUCACAUAUGGAGAGUUUAGGUCUCUUGUGUCGCCACCACCCCCCCCCCUUCCGCGCUAGCUGCAAUGUACAGAGAAAUGAGAAAAUGAUGCUUUUCAACGUGUGAAUCCUUUUUAAAGGGCAUUAAAAUAAGGUUUGUUUGUGUAUCUGCUUAUAGGUCAUUGGUGUAGAGCACUGAAAUAAGAGGGUUCGGUCAUGUGACGUGUUCCGGUAACUCACAAAGACGGCGCGUUUUUAGUUUUUCUACAAUAUUUGCAGAACUGACAGGAGAGUGUAGAAACCGCCUCGGUCUGGUUUGUGCAAAUGGAAGUUUGGAUGUGAUUCUUGUUACUAACCAGCUUUUGUCCACACUGAGUCUCCACAGCAUGGGAAUAUAACCACUGGCAUGACUAACUCUGAUAUCACAAUAAAACACAAGCGUGAGCGUUGCUACA